AUGAUGAGGGGAGUUUUAGCUCUUGUAGGGAACGGUGAGAACGAGGCAGUAAUUAGUGAGAUGGGCCGAAUCCUCGAGGGGUCGGGACUCGUGUACAUGCUCGGCAUGAUUGUUUUGUCGAUCUCUAUCAUGUCUGUGCUUAUCUUAGCGUGUGUAGAUGAUGGAUUGAGUCGCAAAAAUCGGAGGAAUAUGGAUGGAGGUGGCGGCGGCGGCGGUAAUGGUGGCGGCGACGGUGAUGGAGGAGGCUGUGGUGGUGGCUGUGGCGGUGGCGAUGGUGGUGGAGGUGGCGGUGGCUGCGGUGGUGGCGGUGGUGGUGGCUGUGGAGGUGGCGGUGGAGGCGGGUGUUGA